AUGUCCUCCCCCCUUUAUUUAACCCCCUGCCGCCGCAUCUCCCCACACCAUCCAACCCCUCUCCCACCGUGCCCCCAUUAUCACGUCCCCCCCACCCAUUUUAACCUCUGGCCGUCACUUCUCUCCCCCACCACCACAUUCUGCCCCCUCCUCAUUUUACCCCCCCACUUCUACACCCCUACAGACGGGAUCCCCCCACAACCCCCCCCGGUCCCUUCCUUCUCCACCGACGUCUCCUGCUUCCCCCGUGAAGGCGAAGACCCUGCUGGCGUCCCAGCACUUCCAGGCCCCUCGGGCGCCCGCGGUCAUCUCCCAGACACCCUUUUGGUAACGACAGAAGAGGAAGAAACCAUCACCCUCCCUGAAGAAGCCCCCCCUGGACCCCCCCGCCCCGUUUCUCCUUCUCUCUACAUGCUGCGCUUGCCGCCGCCGGCCGGCGCCUACAUCCAGAGCGAGCACAGCUACCAGGUGGGCAGCGCCUUGCUUUGGAAACGCCGUGCAGAAGGCUUGGAUGCUCUGGAUAAAGCCCAGAGGCAGCUCCAGGCCUGCAAACGUCGGGAGCAGAGGCUGAGGCUGAGGGUGGGUGAACUCCAACGGGAGCGCCGGGCCUUCCCCGAAUGCCGCAGGACCCCCAAGGAUCCUCAGCCGCUCAGCGGUGGACAGUGAGGGUGUAAAUAGAGCACUUUUGGCCUUGUUUUGUUUUGUUUUUAUGGGGGGGGGGGG